AUGGCGCGCCAGGCGAAUCGUCAAUCUACUGUGCCCCCGACUGGGACCGCGACCUCCAGCAACCGCAAGCGAUCGCAUGUGGCUGCCUCCGCGAGUGACGACGACCUAUACGAGACUGAACCCGCUGUUGUCAUCGAUGUCAACGCUGAGCUCGCCGCCUUCUCCCACAAGACUGGGCUUUCACAGGCGCGCAUCAUCGGCAUGAUUCGCAAAAGCGGUGGACUUGUGGAGGCGCUCCAUGCUUUCAGCAAGAUGGUGGGCGAAGAUUGGGGGCUGGGCGGCUCUCAGGCUGCCGUGCGUGUCAAGGCCGAACCGGAAGAGCAUCACGUCGAGCUUUCGCCCCAAGACGCCGAUAGCGAGGCGGCCGAAUCCCCAUCCCCAGUGCGCAAGAGGGCUCGGGUGUCCAGUCUCCCAACACUGUCCGCCCCACCGAUUCGCGCCGUUACCCAUCCACCCAUCAGUAAAGCUGCCCCUUUGUCCUCAGGACGCAGUAAGCCCAGUACGAGCGGCCAUGAAUACCUGAAGCAAGCUGGAUUCACCGCCAAACGUGUAUCCUCGUCGUCCAAGCCGAAGUCGCGCGCCAGAGGGUAG